CGGUUAUUACGGCUUUACGCUAUAGUAAUGGCGACCUCGUAAGGGAUUUGUGGCCACGGUGGUUGUUUUGUAAAUUCUGCAGGGGUCAUGCUUUCACAAUGUAUUCAUCUGGUUGCCUGACGGGAUUGUAACUGAUAUACGCCGAUUCAUUCACAUUUUAACAGAGGUGAACCUUCGCGUUACCCCCCAUGUUGACGCGGAAAUGGUGGAGCUCGCUCCGCAACGGGUUGUCCAGGGUGUCCCGGGCCCCUGCCGGUUACCGAGCAAUACACCGGCGGUAUGACGUCAUUGUGGUCGGCGGAGGACAUGCGGGGACCGAGGCAGCGGCGGCAGCGGCCCGGGUGGGCGCAGAGACGCUGCUGGUCACCCAGAAGAUAGACACCAUCGGAGCCCUGUCUUGUAACCCGUCCCUGGGGGGAGUGGGCAAGGGCCAGCUGGUGCGUGAGGUGGACGCACUGGACGGCCUGUGCGGCCGGGCCGGGGAUCGCGCCGGGAUCCACUUCUCGGUCCUGAACCGCAGCAAGGGCCCCGCAGUAUGGGGGCCCCGCGCCCAGCUGGACCGCCAGCGCUACCGAGAUUUCAUCCAGGCUGAGCUCCUGGCGACCCCCAGGCUAGAGGUCAUGGAGGGGUCUGUGGAGGAGCUGCUGGUGGAGGAGGAGAGACCCGGCCGCCACAGAGUGACCGGGAUACGCCUCGCCGGCCAUGCCCCCCCGCUGGAGGCCAGCUCGGUGAUUCUGACCACGGGAACCUUCCUGUCCGGCUUUCUGUUCCUGGGCCAGACCAGCUCACCGGGAGGCCGCAUUGGGGAUCCCCCGUCCAGCUCCGGUCUGUCCAGGACCCUGAAGGAGACCCUGGGCCUGCAGGUGGGCCGCCUGCGCACCGGGACCCCGCCCCGCAUCCUGAAGGACUCUGUGGAUCUGACCCUGGCUACGCUCCAUCCCCCGGACCAGCACCCCACCCCCUUCAGCUUUCUCAACACACACACACACUGCAAGCCAGAGGAGCAGCUGCCUUGCUACCUGGUCCGCACCACGCCGGGUGUGGACCGCGUUGUCAUGGAGAGUCUCGAUGACAACUCUCACAUUCAGGAGGACACAAAAGGACCCAGGUACUGCCCUUCCAUCGAGUCGCGGGUCCUACGGUUUCCAGGGCGGAGCCACCAGGUGUGGCUGGAGCCGGAGGGCAUGACCUCCAACCUCCUGUACCCCCAGGGUCUUUCCAUGACCAUGCCCCCUGACAUGCAGCUCCGCCUCCUCAGACAGAUCCCCGCCCUGCACCGCGUGGAAAUCAGCACACCUGGGUACGGGGUGCAAUACGACUACGUCUGCCCGACCCAGCUCUGCCCCUCCCUUCAGGUGAAGACCACCCAGGGCCUCUUCCUCGCUGGCCAGAUCAACGGGACCACGGGUUACGAAGAGGCUGCCGCUCAGGGUCUGUGGGCAGGUGUGAACGCGGCCCGUUCUGCACUGGCGGCCCCUCUCCUGGCGUUGUCUCGGACCGAGAGCUACAUCGGUGUGCUCAUCGAUGACCUGGUGACCCGGGGAGUGACCGAACCCUACCGCAUGUUCACCAGCCGGGCGGAGUUCAGAACCCUGCUGAGACCCGACAACGCAGACCUCCGGCUCACACUAAAGGGGUUCGAGGAGGUGGGCUGCGUGUCGGCCCAGCGCUACAACGAGGCGGUGCGUGUGAAGGAGGGUCUUGAGGAGGCCUUUUCCACGCUGGGCUCCUUGUCCCGGUCUCCCAGGGACUGGCGGAAGACCCUGGAGACCAGCAGCAUCAGCCAGAACAAGGGGGGAACCCUCACGGCCACGGAGCUGCUGCAGUACAACGACAUCACCUACGACGAUCUGGCCGCCGCCCUCCCAGAAUCCCUUGCGCCGUUCCUGGAGUUCUCCCAAAGACUCAAGAUAGAAGCUGUGUACCGCCCGCACUGUGAGCUCCAGAAGAAGGAGAUCCAGAGGAUCGAGAGGGAGGAGGGGAUGUAUCUCUCUCCAGACCUGGACUACCUCUCCCUGCCCGUGUCCCUGUCCAAUGAGGUCCGCGAGAUCCUGGACCGUGUCCGACCCACUACCCUCGGUGCCGCGACGCGUCUUCCCGGGAUGACGCCGGCAGCCAUCGUCCAUCUGCUCAACUUCGUCACGCAGAAGAACAACAACCAGAAGAAGAUCAUCCACAACCAGCACUCCAGAGCCCAUAAGAAACCCUCUGGACCGGAGCCUAGUGAGGGGGGAGAGAGAGCCGGAGCUGUGUCCUAACCUAACCUCGCUCUAGCACAACAAAGACAAUAUAACACUCAAACAUUUUUAUCCUACAAAAUGUACAAAAAUAAAUGAUGCUGUUUUUUUUAA